AUGUCUGGCGUCGAGGCAGUGUUUGGCAUUGCCGCCAGUGGAGCAGGUCUGCUUUCGCUGGGGAUUCAACUCAUGGAAAGCGCUGCAAUGCUGAAAAAAAUCUACCACGCGGCUCGGGAUGCACCUCGAAUAAUCGCUACGCUCCAGUUCAGCCUGGAGACAAUGGCCCUGGCGUUACGGCAGCUCGAGCAACGCCGACAGCAGAGAACUGCUAGCGACACCCUCCUGGCCCGCUGCAUCGUCGAAUGUGAGCUGCAUACUGCCGAAAUACAAGAACUGAUUAACAAAAUGGACGAGCGGCUCUCGAAGGACUUCAAGUUAGGUGGCAGGUUAUACGCUGUAUUCAAACAGCGCGAUGUCAAAGAGCUGCUCGAUGGGUUAGAGAAGGCGAAGAGCUCCCUCGAGCUUGCAUACAUGAUGUAUCUGGGUGAAGAGCAGAGGCGACGAGAUCAGGUACAUACGGACAUGCUAGCUCUGCACGGUACUCUAAUCGACGGUCUCCAUGCUCAAGUUUCAGCUGGAAAUGCCAGUCUGGCCCAACAAUUAAUGUUACUUGGCCAGUCCUCCGUCUCAUCACCUCAACAUCGUUCGGCGAUAAUCCCCUCAGCACAAGCAAAUACUACCAGUACAGCAAACCGUGUCAGGAGAAAGAACAACAAACCGUGCUUCCGGGCUGCCCUUCGUUUCCCGUCUUGGCUUACGACGCGCAUAUUCCAUUUUGCCGUUAUCCAAGCUCAGGGGGGCUGGUCUAUCCAUCUGCGUACAUUCAACCACGUCCCUGAUGGCUCCCUCAUCUUCAGAUACUGUGCAGGAGGGGACGUCAAGGGAAUGAAAAGUCUCUUUAAAAGCGGGAUGGCAACACCACUGGAUGCCGUCAGUCGGGAUGGUGGCUGGUGGACGCUCAUCGAGGCUGCUGCGGAUUGGGGACAUCUGGAAGUUUGCCGAUACCUCCUCAAUCAAACAACUUGGCCGGACCACGCGGAAAGGCUCGCCAGCUCGCUUACCUCCUAUGCCUAUUGGGCGUCCACACCGUCUACAGAAAUGUAUCGCCUUUUUUUGGAGGAGCCGGGCUUUGACAUUGACAUUGGCAACAAUCUAUGGUUGGAUUGCGACACAGAGGUGGAAUUCCUGGAGAUCGUACUACAAAAUCAAUUUCCAGAACUUGAAUCUCGCUCGUUCGAGGCGAGAGUUGAGCUGGCUGGGUUGUUCACUAGAUUGGAUGGUGCUGCCUUUCUGAGGUGCGUAGGCCUACAGGCACAAGAUCCAAGACUUGCUUCGUUGAGGGAUCGCAACGGUGAAACUGUGCUUCAUCGCAUUCUUCCAUCUAGCAGCUGGUUGGAUAUUGGACUCUGUGUCCUGCAGAAUGGUGCAGAUCCUUCGAGUGUUGCCUUUUCACGCGAGACAGGUUAUGAUCCUGAGUGGCAAGUGACGCCACUGAUGAAUUUUCUGGGCAUCUUCCCCUGGCGUUCGCCCCGGGAGCCGGAGAGGAUGCUAGAUCUGAUUCAUACCUGGGCUGAGAUGAUCCUGCUUGCUGGGCUGGACUUGUGCGAGUACGGAGCAAGGGAGAGUAAGAUCUGGAGAGAUCUGGGCGUGCAAAACUCUUGCAGACAUCCCGGGGAUUGGUGGGAGUGGAAAGUGGUUCAACUUGUGUAUGGGCCAACGCCGGCAGAUUGGAGCCUGAUUGUCUCCCGGGAUUGGACAUUUGAUGUGUACAGACUGCAACCGCCUCCUGGUGCAUACAGCGAUGACCCUCGCCUCCCGACGAAAAUUAUCUGGAGGCCGACAAAUGAGGAGGAAAAUGAGGGUCCCUGGAUACUUGUCGAGGGCGUGAGACGAGUUGGUAAAGAAGGGGACAUCAGGGACAUGAUUCCCAAAUUAAGUGCACGCGAAGCAGACUCAAGACACCUAUCUGAACUGCUGGGUGGUUCCCAGGAUGACUCAAGCGCCGUCAUGCUUAUGCAAUAUAGAGCUUCGCGCGUGGCCGAUGGGACUCGAAUGAGGUCACGCAGUCAGCCGCCAGGUCCGAACCCAAAGGCAGUGCCUUUCUUUGGGGCGUGGCACAUCUGGUUGGAUUACCAUUUCUGUCCGCUUGACUCACGCUUCAAGCUUGGCUUUGAUGUUGGCGAGAGGAGUUGCUUCGGCGGUGCGUGCUCCACAAGCCCUACUUCGUCCCAGCAAACCGGCUCUUGGGGUGAUUUCAGCUUCCUUGCCGAGAUCUCCAGGUGUCAAGACUACGCCCCAACUUUCCACGAUACCCAUCGCUCCGGAGGGUCAAGCUUGAGACACGAUUUCACUCGCGAAUUUCCCCAGGGUUGCAAAAACGUCGAUCUCAGUCGAUUAAAUGUACCAGAGCCCCUACGGCCUUUUCACCCGCGCCGAAAAUUUGAGGACCAAUAUGAAGACAACGAUGAGGAUAGCAGUGGCGAUGAGAGCUUCGACGAAUCAGAGUAG